ACGCAACACGGUAUUUAUAUACGACAUCUAAUUGGUCGUCGCCUUCCAGUCGAUAGUGAACACAGCGCAAAGCUUCCAGACAAGGGAUUCUUGGGCGUCUCGUACUAUGACAAAAUAGUGCGCGGUGAAAACGAUUAUUUCGGCAACAUUUCCCCAUAAAAGUGCCACAAAAUUAAUAUUUGUGCGCAGUUUUUUUAUGUGUAUAAGUUGUUGGUGCUAGAAGAGCGAUAUAUACAGGAAUUGGGCAAACGUGUCGACUUGUAGUGGUGGCGGAGGGAUACUUACAUCCUGCUGCGCGUCAAAAUAUUGGCUUGGGGAGACCGCGCCAAAGCUCAGACAGCGGCCACUCUUCAGGAUAACAACACACUGCAGAGGGCAUUUAAACGCACUCUACUGUUGAUACGACUACCAUACGCAUCGGAGCGUCAAGUUUUUUUGUCACUGCAGAGGACUAUUUUCAUCUGAGGCGCUUGAGUCGAUACACACAAGUCUGCUUUAAUGUCGUUUUUCGGGAUUCGGUGUACGACUUUAUGGUCGUGACACGACUUUGACGGGCGCGGUGCGGCGGAGUUGGCGCACUGCUGGACUGGAUAUAUUAUUCGCUUGAAGCCAAGAUUAUCUGCACCACCAUCUAUUCAGCGCCCAGACUCACUAAUUUUUCCUCCUGCGUUGUUUCUCCUUACUCCCCUGGAGUGAAUAGGAAUCUUUUACGCACGGGUUUUCAGCUUGAAUAUGUUGCUGUCAAAGUUUGGUUCUUUUUCGCAUAUUUGCAAUCCUUCAAGUAUGGACCAUCUACCAGUGAAAAUACAGCUCCAGCCGGUUAAAGCGGAGAAGGAGGCUUUUGAGAAGGUGUACCAAGUCGGAUCUGUGCUCGGCAGCGGAGGAUUUGGAACUGUAUACGCCGGCAGCCGGAUCUCUGAUGGCGCACCGGUUGCUGUUAAACACGUUGCAAAGGAGAGGGUUACCGAGUGGGGCACAAUUAAUGGAGCUAUGGUGCCUUUAGAGAUCCUGCUGCUGAAAAAGGUCAGCUCCUCAUUUCGCGGAGUUAUCAAAUUGCUGGACUAUUACGAGCGUGCGGACGGCUGGCUCAUCGUCAUGGAGAGGCCGGAGCUCGUGAAGGACCUCUUCGACUUCAUCACCGAGAAAGGCGCACUGGACGAGGACACGGCGCGGGGCUUUUUCCGCCAGGUUUUGGAGGCGGUGAGACACUGCUACAGCUGCGGUGUAGUACACAGAGACAUCAAAGAUGAAAACCUGCUUGUGGAUCUACGCACCGGGGAGCUCAAGCUUAUUGACUUUGGCUCAGGGGCGGUUCUCAAGGACACAGUCUAUACCGAUUUCGAUGGUACAAGGGUAUACAGCCCCCCAGAGUGGAUUCGCUUCCAUAGAUACCAUGGGCGCUCUGCGACAGUAUGGUCGCUAGGCGUGCUGCUGUAUGACAUGGUGUGUGGAGACAUCCCCUUUGAGCAAGAUGAAGAGAUCCUCAGGGGUCGGCUGUACUUCAGGAGACGGAUUUCAGCUGAGUGCCAGCAGCUGAUCAAAUGGUGCCUGGCCUUGAGGCCUUCAGACCGGCCCACCCUGGAGCAGAUUUGCGACCAUCCCUGGAUGAGGGCGACAACAACAGAGUCACCCAAGUCACCGGAGGAGCCGGUCACAGGCGAGAUCCGCCUCAGAACCAUCGACACAGACUCUUCAUCAAGCACAAGCUCGAGCAAGGAGAGCCUCUGAUGGCUCUUAAUGGACUGAAAAGACUUUCUGGGGAAAGAAGAGGGUUGGAUGGAAGGAGUGGUAAUGGACUCAUGGCCAGCAGCCUGUAGCCUACCCCAGUGCGUUAGAAGCUGGGCGCUUCACUCAGCUGGUCCAGCUUGAAAAUGUACUUUAAUUUUCCUCUUUUGUAGGGAAUUUCUAAUUUAUUACUACUUGUUUUUGCUUAUCUUAUUUCCCCCCAUCCCCUCUUUUUUCAUUCAGUUUAUUAUUCUCGUUUCCUAAUCGGGAACAUUUUUCUGUUUGGGCGGUCUUACCAGCACUAUUUAUUUCCCCCCCUUUUGUAACUUUAUUUCACAUGUUUUGUUACUAGGCUGGUAUAUGCAGCUGGCAAGGCCCUCCUAUUCAGACAUGGCUGCUCUCAUAGAGCUUGGAGAAUCUUUUUAUUUAAAUGUUUUAAUUUUGAUUUUGUAGUGCCUUUUUUUGGAAAGCUGCUUUUCUGGGGGCUUUCGUCAACAACUCUGUUUUUCGGACUUGCCCGUGGCCUGGUGAUGAAGCUGAUUGUGCUGUAAUGGAAGCGGAGGAGUGGAGGGGGUUAGGCUGUUUCUGUUUUUUUGACCCCCUCCCUCCUCCUUUCCAUCACAGCAGGCCAACCAGCCCCCCCCCCCCCCCCCCCCCCCCCCCCCCCAAGCCAAGAGGGUAGGAUAGCAUCAGACAGGAGAGAAUGAGAUGGGGGCUUUUCCUGACAAUGGAAUACUUGAAAAACACUCGACUCAACUCUGUGUCGCUCUCUUUAACGCUGCUCACUCACUCUAUAGCCUGAACAGGUGUUUUGGAAACUGGAUCCUGUCUUUUCUGAAUGUCUACAAAAUGUCAACACACACACACCUCCCCCCAUCUUCUUCUCCCUCUUGUCUCUCAUGCCUGUUGCAGGGUGUGUGGCCCUCUUGACUUAACUUUUCUUUUUGCCUCCCGCCAUCUCACUGCUUGACACUACAUGGCCCCUGCCCCCUGGCCUCCCUCAGGGUUUGGGGUGUGAAAUGCACAAUCAAUGCAAUACUCAUGGAUUCAAUUAUAAUUUUUUUUUUCAAAAGAUAUUGUACAGUGUGUAUUUUUUUUUCUCUUUUUGCGUGUAAUUUUUUUUCUCCCCAUUUAAUUUAUUUGUAAACAUGUAGACAUUCCACACUCUGUGGCUAUUUAUUUAUUUAUUGUCUAUGCCUAAAAUCCCCCUGAAAAUUUGCAUAUCCUACUUAGUCUUUGGUUUGCAUUCCUAUAACUUAUUUUUACAUUUCGACAUGUUUUUUUUUUCUUUUUUUUUUGAGAUGUGGAGGAUGCACUGAAGCAGUUGUCGAUGUAAAGCAGAAUAAAACAAGUUUACUUAAAUUUGAAAA